AUGACCUUACUUGCUUCCGUUUGCGAUACCGUUUUGGACGAGAACACGUCCUUACUUGUUGAAGAGGAAAAUGAAGAGGAAAUAUUCAACUUCAUUCUCCAAUUUUUGAGUGCGGAGGUCCUCAACACGAAUCUGACAGAUUUUCUGCGAGUCGAGGAUCUUGUCGCCAAGCGUAUGGUCGCCUGGUACAAGCUGCUGGACAUUUACCGAACUCUGUACAAUUGCUUUGGCUCUCAUUCGAUUGGUGUCAAAUUCACUGAUCAAACCAAACCAUGCGUACUUACGGGUCGUUCCAUGAUUAAGGGCGUUAGAGGAAAAAGCGAAGCUGAUCACAAAAGCAAAUCUGUUCUUUAUUCCCCCAGUAGUCAGUACUUGCGUCAAAAGCUGUACAUAAGGAAGUUGAGAGAUCGCGUUCAGCGUGAGUGGGCCGACAGGCUGCUGUCAUCAUGUCAGGAAAGAGCAAAUCGACGAAAUUUUGAACAACAUGUGUUGAAGAACUUUAUCAGUUGUGCCUCAAAUAUCGACCCCCUAAAAAGGCGAUGGCAGCACUACGACUUGGUGAGAUCGAAGGCCUGCUGGCGCAACUUAUCUUGGGAACAGCGUCGUGUGCACUGCUGCCUUAAAAGAACGAGAGAAAAUUUUAAAUUGCUUCAGAAAAGCGAACAGCUCGUCCGUGACCACUUGAAAGAGCGGGUGUCAAAGUUAAUUUUGACUAAGCUAAAAGUCAUCAAUCGUCAUUUUUGCUAA